AUGCAAUUCCAGGAAUUUAUCUCGAGAAGAGGAGGAGGAGGAGGCGGUGCUUCUUCCGCGUUGGUUUGGACCACAGCUGAAGAAAAGGAGGUCGUCAAACGGUUUGACCGGCAGCUGGUUCCGUUCCUCGCUUUUCUCUAUCUGCUUUCCUUCCUGGACCGUUCAAAUAUUGGAAACGCAAAGAUAGCCGGGCUGUCGGAAGAACUGCCUCUGUCGUCUUCGCAGUAUGAGUGGCUACUGACCAUCUUUUAUGUCACUUACAUCCUGUUCGAGUGGAUGACGCUCAUGUACCAGGUUGUUCCGCCGCACAUUUACAUCUCGCUGUGCGUGUGUGGAUGGGGGCUCGCAGCCUCGCUCCAGUCGCUGGCGACAUCGUUUGGCACCCUGAUGUUCCUUCGGGCCUUGCUCGGUUUCGCUGAAGCGGCAUUCGGUCCAGGCGUGCCUUUCUAUUUGUCUCAUUUCUACAAGCGUGAAGAGCUUGCCUUUAGGAUCGGAUUGUUCAUCUCAGCGGCGCCCUUGGCUACCUCCUUUGCCAGCAGUCUGGCCUGGCUGAUUGUCAGAUUAAGCAGUCAGGGGCCCAUCUCACCAUGGCGUAUGCUCUUCUUAGUUGAGGGGUUUCCCAGCGUGGCUGUCGCUUUCUUUGCAUGGGUCCUCAUUCCUGAUUCCCCCGGGCGCGCUCGAUUUCUCUCUCCACGACAGCGAAGAAUCGCUGGCCUGAGACUAGAAGAGGCCAAGAAAGAUAUCCACGGCGCCCGGUCGGGAGGGUUCAACUGGAAAGAGGUUGCGAGAGCAUUGAGAGACCCUAAAUGCUAUCUUAUGGCGUUCAUGUACUUUAGUUGCAAUGUCGCUUUUAGCUCAAUGCCGGUCUUCCUCCCUACCAUCCUUAAGGAUAUGGGCUAUUCAUCUCUCCAGUCACAGGCCCUUUCAGCCCCCCCUUAUCUAGUUGCGUUCAUCGUGGUACUACUUACAGCAUUCAUGUCGGACCGCUCCAGGUCUCGGAGCACCUAUCUGAUUAUCCAUGGUUUACUCUCAUCAUUCGCCUACUUUGUCAUUGCAGCGACUGGCUAUUUUCAUGCGCAUAUGUCCCCGGCGGUACAUACUUUCAUCCGUUACAUCUGCGUCUACCCUGCCGUCUCAGGCUUUUUCUCUUGCAUCGUCUUGAUCAUCACCUGGUCGAUGGACAACCGCAUUGCCAAAGAAGGCAAAGGCACCAGUGUCGUUAUCAUGAACGUCAUCGGUCAGUUCGGGCCUAUUCUAGGCACACGACUGUACCCGCAAAGUAACGGACCAUGGUAUGUGCAAGGUAUGGCGACGUGCUCAUUUUUUAUGGCUUUGGUUGCGCUUCUAGCCCUUGCUUUGCGGAUCAUCCUGCAAAGAUCAAAUGCUGCUGUUGCAGGUGGAAACGCCGACGACAUCGAAAUGGAAGAGACAGAAGAAGCACUGGGGUUGAUGGGUGGCACCCGAGCAAAACUUCAGCAGGCCGAACGCCUGACCUAUAUCAUUUGA